AUGUACCAAAUCAAUUCCAUGGUUCGCACAUCAGUUAUGAUUGUCAUGAUGAUGACAGUACUCUUGCUCUCCGUCACACAUGUAUCCUCGCAACGAAUCACUCUCUCCAUUGAUACUCAAGGAGCUCUGCCACUAGUAUUUACUGGCUAUUACACUCCUGAUGUUUCGAAAAACAAUUGGAAUUGGAACGCUAUGGAUUUGCAAGCAUCCAAUCCGUACAAGGCCUCACUCUCAAUUCCAGUCCGAAUGGUUGACCCAAUUGUGUACAGAGCUCACAUUUCAGGAAACACAAAUUUUGUCACUAAUUAUUAUCCUUUCGCUUCUUUAAGCGUGAGUGUUGAACCAUCUGCUUCGAAUGGAACAUUUGUUUUUUCUGGAUCAGCACAAUGUGGAGACAAUGUAACAGGCGGAGGAGCAGUGAGUGGUACUCUGAUCAAUCGUUAUACUAUUGGCAAUGAUAAUCGUUGUUGGACCUACAUGUGUCAUUGUGGGCCAUGCAGAGGCACUGUCACUGCCAUCAUGGCUGUUUGCUAUGAGCCACCAUUCCCAAAACCUUCACCAUGGUUGAAAAUUAAAAAUUACUAG